AUGAGCAUGCAAAACGUCGCGCUCUCCGCGCAGCACAUGCAACUUCUGCAAGCGGGCCUUUUGGACCCGAACGAUGACUAUCCUAUUCUGCAUCCGUUGCACUCGACACAGUUUGGCAACCCGAGCCCUCAUGCCGGUCUCUCGACACUGCUUGCCCUUGCGUUUCAGCAUCACAAGGCGAAGCUCGGGCGCCGGCUCUCGCGAUCCAUUGACGGAGCCGUGAAUAUCCUCCGCGGUUACGUCCUGUGCCAGCUUGUUGCAGCCAAGGACGUCAAGUUGGCCCUCGAACUACUGGCUGCGUUUCCCGAGCGCAAUAUGCUCGCGCUGCCGCCCACCGACGACAUGUGCGUCUAUGCGAUCGACAACGCCGUGCGCGCACAGCGUGCCGCUGCUGAGACAAUGCUGCAGCGGGACUUAAGCAAAAGCUCGAAAGGCGCCACGGAUACUGCGGCCUUUAACCGUAGCUUGACCAUGGUGCGGCUCUUGCACGAGUUCCGAAACGACGGGUGCACGUACCGGGCGUUCAACUGCCGCGAGGGAGCGCGGAUACCGGGAUAUUUAGCCUUUCUGAACCGCAACCUUCCGCAAGACAGACACUGCACUGGCCCAUUGAAGCGCGAUCCCGCCGACGGAUGUGCGAUCCAAUAA